AUGGCCUCGCUCGUAACAACACCGACUUUGGCCUCGAGCUGGUCUAUCCAAUCUGGCUGUACCCGAACCAACGACUACUGGAUCUGGGAAUAUGAUGCAAAGGCGCAGGAUGCACGCACGGUGCUCGGUGGGCCGACACAAACGACUGCUUGUCUGCCGCCGUCCUGGACCGAGGUGAAUGGGGCGUUCAUCGGCAGCGAAUGCCCGUCAGAGUACACUUCAGCAUGUCAAGACUCGGAUGGGGCGGUGACAUGUUGCCCAACCGUGUACGACUUUACCUGCCAGACGCCUGGUGCAUCGUCACAUGGGUCCAUGUUCCGCUGUGCGUCAGCGUUUAGCACAAAUGGUACCUUAACUGUCACUCGGACAGAUUUCGCAGUUAACACCAUCACUUUUGACGUGGUCACCGCGAGAACGGACUUGCAUUUGUUUGCAUUGGCUGUGGUGUACGCAACGGAGACUUCGACGAUAUCAGGGACCAUAUCAUCGACAUCGUCCAAUUCCGCAGAAUCUACAUCGAUGGGUGACCCCUCAGCCCUUUCGGCUGGAGCAGCCGCUGGGGUCGGAGUCGGGGCCACGAUCGGAUUUAUUGGUAUCACCCUGCUUGGCUGGUUUGCACUUCGACGGCGGCGGUCGAAAGGGGGGCUGGGGAAUGGCGAUAUUGGCGGGCAACAGCUGCAGUACCAAAAUACAGGAAGUGCGUACCAUGGCUGGCAGCAGCAGCAGGCCGGGCCAGGAAGUGCGAGCCCGGCGGAACUGGGGGCACAAACGCAAAAACCGGUGGAAAUGGGAACGUCGGACAAGCAUACUAAGUAA